CGAAAUGUACCCUCUCUAAACGCGGUAGUCUGCGGGCUGAGCAGUGGCACAGUUUCCAAUCUUACCGCACUCCCUCUGCACUUCAAUCUCUUCUGAGCCAUUGAAAUAUGUCGUCCUUGAGACACGAGUUCUACGAGACCGACGAGAGGCUCACUAUCUCGGUGUUCGACAAGGGCGCGGAUCCCGCCCAGGUGUCAGUCAAGUUCCAGCCGCGAAGCUUGAUCUACCAGAAUGGCGAGAAGCAGCUGGUUCUGGAGCCUUUAAAGGGCACGAUCGACCCUGAAAAGAGCGAGUACACUGUGGGAAAGGUCAAGAUUGAGAUUCGGCUGCACAAGAUCGUUCUCGGGAGAUGGGGUGCGCUCGUGGGUGACAGUCCGGAUGUCCUUGCCAACAUUCCUGCCCCCGCUGCACCUACUCCCACGGCUGCCACUACGAAAGCCAGGGAGCGCAAGAACUGGGACGGCAUCACCAACACCAUCCUCGAGAAAGACAAGCCGCUGACCAGUGACGAGGACCCGAAUGUUGGUGGUGAUGCCACCGUCAAUGAGUUCUUUCAGAAGAUCUUUUCCGAUUCCGACGAGGAUACUAAGCGCGCCAUGUUGAAGAGCUACGUCGAGAGUGGUGGAACGACUCUCAGUACAAACUGGGAGGAAGUCAAGAAGGCUCCCGUCGAGGUGAAGCCCCCUGAGGGCAGUGAGUGGAAGAAGUGGGCUGCUUAAUUUUCAUCUAUAAUGAGACAGUCCAGGAGGCUUUCCGGUUUUCAGUCAAUCAGUUCGUCGUGUCACAUUGUUGUGUCGUUGUUGAUUUGUUACUCUGACGCUUGCCAUGUCUAAUGUCUCCUGCCCCGCCAAUGCACAGGUUUGGUCAUAACACAGACGACGCCUUGUUUUUAGC